AUGGACACCAUCGGUAAACGUGUACGGCGGAUAGGCAAAACAAUGGACGUUGCCAUCGGCGAUGGAAUGGCUGUGGACAGGGAAUGGGAAUAUCACCAUCACUUCUUCCUGCCUUAUCCGCCCCGUUCAGCUUCGCCUUCUCCUUCUCCCUCUCCUUCUCCACCGCCGCCGCCGCCACAUGUACAGCUUUGGAGCCCUGGUUUCUGUCCGGAAAAUGGGUCAUUGGGGCUGGGCACGCCGAGGGAAGACGAUGCAGUGCAUUGGCAUCGGGACGACUCGGACUGCCUUGACCGCGCGGACGACUCGUCUUCCGACCACGGCUACGGCUACAGCUACGGCUACAACUACGACGGCGGUGGCGGUAAUGAAUUCAGCGAGGAUGUCGUCGCUGGCCCAAGAGGAGGAAAUGUGUCACAGUGGCAGGAUCUCGAGACCGGCACUGAACCUCAAUCACCCAACAUCGAUGCACUCGAUGUAAACGACAUACCCAUCGCGAGGAAGAAGAGCGUCACGUUUGCGCCGUCGCCGAGUUCUUCUCCACUCCCUUGCCUUUCUCCUUGCAACCGCUCUGACGCUGUCACUACCACGACUACUCCUCCUCCUCCCAAAAUCCCGACAAGUCGCAGGGAAUCAAGACCGCUUUCUCCAGCUGGGAGGUGUACUCCUCCUACGCCUACGCCUUCACCGCCCACACCUCCACCGCACAAGACAUUAGCCUUGUUUCCCCCAGCCCUGCCGUAUACCCUCCCCCGCGACGCUGUCUCGUCCUCGAUUUCUUCGCCUGGAAUAUCUGGUCCUGCCCUUCCUCACUCAUCUAACUCCAUCGUUCCUUUCUCUACUACCUGUAAACCCUCUCCCUCGUCCUCCUUCCGCUCCUCAAAACAACACAUCUCCCGUGAACAAGACCAACACCAACACCAAAUAACCCUCGCACAAACUCCACCACCCGGCUACACCACCACCACCAUCAUUAACCCCAACGUACAACAACCCACUGAGAAUCUCAAGCCACCGACAUCGACAAGGGGGCCAUGGGCGAAACGCCGCACCGUGCCGAAACCCACGUACAUGCUCUGGGCCUUUGGAGUGCGGAUCCCAGGACGUGUGAUGGGACCUAGAGGACCCAGGACACAGAGGAUCCAGGAUUGA